AGAUGCCUUCACGUUCUAAAUGUGUUGCUCUUCAGAAAAUACGUUUUUUUUUCAAGUGAUUUGGGAUUUUGUGCCAGCAAGCAGGUGACAUGUUCGCUCUCUGUAAGUUUUGCACACUCUUUUGUGUGUGAGGUCAUUAAGCGUCGUCAUGGCGACUGGGAGUCGGUAACAUGAUGGCAGAACUGAGCCCUGAGGUGCCUCACCGAAAUUCCAGAACAGAUCAUCAGAGAAACGACACAGAAUGCCGCGAAGAGAAACAGCAAGGAAAUUGGAGGAUGCUGACCAUGCACUGGUAUGUUCUGUGUUCCGCUAACCUGACUGCAGUGGGAAUAGAUAUUGACGGUGAAGUGGAAACCGGGAGUGAGGAGGACACCAAGCCCAAGGCCAAUGGUAGAGGAAGGCAAGCCGCGGGCAGAAGGGGCAAAAGAGCGAUGGAGAGCGAAGAUGCAGAGGAUGAUGAAGACAAAGAGGACGAAGCUCCUCGGAACAAACGAGCGGCCAACAGGAGGAAGGCGGGAAAGAAAGCCAAGGACACUGAGGACGAAAGCGAAGGGGAGUCCAAGGCAGGGGGCAGAGGGAGGAACAAGAAGGGGGGAGGGAAAAAAGGGAAGGAGGAGCAGAAGGGCAAAGGGAAAGGAAAAGACGAUGAUAAAGAGGAGCAGAAGGGCAAAGUGAAAGGAAAAGGGAAAGACGAUGAUAAAAAGAAGAAGAAAGGCAAAGGAAGCAGCUCGGACUCCAAGACCGAUUCUGAAGAGGAGGAGUCCAUGUCCGAAGGAGAGUUGGCCCGACUCACGGAGGAGGUGGAGGAGAAGAAGAAGCUCAUUGCCAACAUCAGAACCAAGCCAUGGCGGAUGAGACGCCGCCUGACAGUUCUCAAAGAGUCCCAGGAGUUUGUAGACAAAUUUGAAGGUGCUCUGGGGGGGAAGGGCAAAGGAAGAGCAUGGUUUGCCUACAAAGUGAUGAUGAAGAAGAAAUGGAUCAAGUUUCAGAGAGAUUUUGAAAAUUUCAGGACAUCCUGCAUACCAUGGGAAAGGAAGAUCAAAGAAGUGGAAAGUCACUUUGGGUCAUCGGUGGCCUCCUACUUCAUAUUCUUGCGGUGGAUGUACGGUCUGAACCUGGUGCUCUUCAGCUUAAUGUUUGGGCUUGUGGUCAUCCCCGAGGUUCUAAUGGGGCUACCAUAUGGAUCCAUACCUCGGAAAACAGUACCUAGAGCUGAACAGCCUACGGCUAUGGAUUACUCUGUUCUUAUGGACUUCAAUGGUUACUGCAAAUACUCAGUGCUUUUCUAUGGGUACUACAAUGACCAGAGGACCGUUGGGCCUCUGAAAUUCCGACUGCCACUCUCUUAUCUAUUGGUAGGGAUUGGAAUCUUCGGCUACAGCCUCAUGGUUGUCAUUAGAACAAUGGCUAAAAAUCAGGAUGUCGGCGGCGGGGAUGAUGCGGAUAGUGAGUUCACUUUUUCCUGGAAGAUGUUCACCAGCUGGGAUUACCUUAUCGGGAAUCCUGAGACAGCGGAUAACAAAUACGCCUCAGUCACCACAAGCUUCAAGGAGUCCAUCGUGGACGAGCAAGAGAACCAGAAAGAUGAGAACAUCCACCUGCGGAGGUUCCUGCGGGUGCUGGCGAACUUCAUGAUCACCUGCAUCCUGGGAGGCAGCGGCUACCUCAUCUUCUUUGCGGUCUCGCGGUCACAGGAGUUUGCCAACAGGGAUGACAUUGGGUGGUACGAGAAAAAUGAGGUUGAGAUCAUCAUGUCUUUACUGGGCCUGGUCUGCCCUCCAUUGUUUGAAACCAUUGCUGAGCUAGAGGAAUACCAUCCCCGUAUUGCCCUCAAAUGGCAACUCGGUCGCAUAUUUGCCCUCUUCCUAGGCAACCUCUACACCUUCCUCUUUGCUCUGUUUGACGAGGUCAACAACAAGCUUGAGGAGGAAGUACACAUUAAGAAUAACUCAGUUUGGUUCCUGAAGGAGUACCUAGCCAACUUCUCCAUGUACAACAACGACUCUGAGGCCACGGCUCCGCCCAUCAACCCUGCUGAUGCCAUCCGCGGACCGUGUUGGGAGACUAGCGUUGGACUUGAGUUUGUGAAGCUGACUGUUUCAGACAUCCAGGUGACCUACCUGACUAUUCUCAUAGGUGACUUCCUACGGGCCUUCAUUGUGAGGUUUCUCAACUACUGCUGGUGCUGGGACCUGGAGGCAGGAUUUCCAUCAUAUGGAGAGUUUGAUAUCAGUGGCAAUGUCCUGGGGCUGGUCUUCAAUCAAGGAAUGAUCUGGAUGGGUGCAUUUUACGCCCCUGGUUUGGUGGGCAUCAACGUCUUACGUCUGCUGAGCUCCAUGUACUACCAGUGCUGGGCUGUGAUGUGCUGUAACGUGCCCCACGAGAGAGUCUUCAAGGCCUCCAAGUCCAACAACUUCUACAUGGGCCUCCUCCUCCUCAUUCUCUUCCUCAGCCUGCUGCCUGUAGUCUACACCAUCAUGUCUCUGCCGCCCUCCUUUGAUUGUGGUCCUUUCAGUAUUUUCAGAGCUUGUUUGUAAAGUGACCAAAUGGAUUUCAAGGCAGUCCUGUUAGCCUGGGACCAGCUUGACAUACAGUAAUGUAAGUGAGACAUAACCAUAGUAUUUACAUAGGUCUUAGCAGCAUCAACAGUUACGAAUGUGUCUGAAAUGAGCUAUACUUCACUGUAUUCCCCAGCUUUUUAAUGUGUUUUUUAAAAGUGAGUGUAGAGUCUAAAGUCACUCCCAGGUAUUUAAACUCCUCAACAUUUUUUAAACUUUUUCCCAUCUACGUAUAUGUUUGGAAUAGUACUUUGUUUAAAUCUAUUUCGAAAGAACAUGGUGACAGUUUUAUCAGUAUUUAAUGUGAGACAAGAAUUGUUCAGCCACUUUGUAACUUUAGUAAGUGUUUGCGUCAAUUUGAGGGCAACCUGUCCUGGCUCUUUGCCACGUGUAAACAGGACUGUGUCAUCAGCAUACAUCAAAAUCUCCACACAGUCACAUACCGAUGGGAGAUCGUUGAUGUAUGUGCUGAACAAAAGUGGUCCCAAGAUGGAACCUUGCGGUACCCCCAUGGAACAUGCUCUUAAGGAUGAUGUUUUAUCCUUUAUCCUAACACAUUGGGCACGACUUAACAAAUAUGACUCGAUCCAGUCUAGUACACUCGGGGACAACUGAAAGCUAGUUAACUUAGGAGUACACAGUGGUUCACAGUGUCAAAAGCCCUUCGUAGGUCUAAGAACACAGCACCCACUACUCCUCCCUUGUCAAGACUAGCCUUAAUGUGUUUAGUAAAAUAGCUGCAUGCAGUGUCAGUAGAGUGGUUAGCUCUAAAGCCAAACUACAUGGGAUGCAUUCGAUUUUUUGCGUUAAAGUGCGCUAUUAACUACUCUGACACUGUUUUUUCAACCACCUUAGAGAUGGCUGGCAGUAUACUAAUUGGCCUAUAAUUGCUGACAUCCUGUCUAUCCCCUGCUUUAAAGAUAGGAGUUACUAUUGCUGUUUUGAGAGCAUCAGGGAAAAUGUUUGGAUACGUUGACAAAAUUUGAUUUAUUUUGACAUCUAUAUGAUUAAAAUUCAGUAGUAGAUUGUAGAUUUAUUGUCUACAACCUUUAGUUGUUGAGGUUCUAAUGCAUUGCUGCACAAUUCUAAUACAGAAUCAAUAAAAUAAUCAUUAAAACUAUUGGCAAUU